AUGGGUAAAGAAGUUGAAGGAUCUCCCGGCAGCUCCAUGCACGGAGUAACUGGCCGGGAACCUACCCUUGCCUUUGCCGUGUCAUCGGACUUCCCUUCCGAUACCACUGCAAAGUUCGCCCUUCCCGUGGACUCCGAGCAUAAGGCUACGGUUUUCAAGAUAUAUUCCUUGGCGAAUCCUCACAUGAGGACGUUCCACCUCUCGUGGAUCUCAUUUUGUACUUGCUUCAUCUCCACUUUUGCGGCUGCCCCACUAGUACCCAUCAUCCGGGAGAACUUAAACCUAACCAAACCCGACAUCGGAAACGCCGGUGUCGCGUCUGUGUCAGGAAGUAUAUUCUCUAGGCUGGCUAUGGGCGCAAUUUGCGACUUGUUGGGCCCGCGCUACGGUUGUGCUUUCCUCAUCAUGUUGUCGGCGCCGACGGUGUUUUGCAUGUCGUUGGUGUCGUCCGCAGGGGGUUACAUCGCGGUCAGGUUCAUGAUAGGGUUUUGUCUAGCUACUUUCGUGUCGUGCCAGUACUGGAUGAGCACCAUGUUUAAUAGUCAGAUCAUCGGCCUAGUGAACGGAACAGCUGCCGGGUGGGGGAACAUGGGAGGCGGCGCCACCCAACUGCUGAUGCCCAUUCUCUACGAAAUCAUCAAGAGGUGCGGGUCCACGCCCUUCAUGGCUUGGAGGAUCGCAUUCUUUAUCCCCGGUUGGAUUCAUAUCAUCAUGGGGAUUCUCGUCUUGACCUUGGGCCAAGAUUUGCCCGAUGGGAACUUAGGCGCCUUGCAGAAGAAGGGAAAUGUCGCCAAAGACAAAUUCUCCAAGGUGAUGUGGUAUGCGGUAACAAACUACAGAACAUGGAUUUUUGUACUCCUUUACGGCUACUCCAUGGGGGUUGAGCUUUCAACUGAUAAUGUCGUGGCCGAAUACUUCUAUGAUAGGUUCGAUCUAAAGCUCCACACAGCUGGAAUUAUUGCUGCCACGUUUGGCAUGGCGAAUCUUGUGGCCCGACCCUUUGGAGGCUUCUCUUCGGACUUCAUGGCCCGACAUUUCGGCAUGAGAGGCCGUCUUUGGGCCCUUUGGAUCCUCCAAACUCUGGGGGGAGUGUUUUGCAUCCUGUUGGGCAAAGCAGACACCUUACCAGUUGCCAUCGCCAUGAUGAUCCUAUUUUCCGUUGGAGCGCAGGCUGCUUGCGGGGCCACUUUCGGCGUCAUUCCCUUCAUCUCUCGUCGUUCCCUUGGAAUCAUUUCGGGAAUGACCGGGGCAGGUGGAAACUUUGGUUCGGGUCUAACUCAACUACUUUUUUUCACUAGCUCUAGAUACACAACUGGCACGGGAUUGAUGUAUAUGGGGAUAAUGAUCGUGUGUUGCACGAUGCCGGUGACUUUGGUGCACUUCCCCCAAUGGGGAAGCAUGUUCCUGCCACCUAGCAAGGAUGUGGUUAAGGGGACCGAGGAACACUAUUAUGGGUCCGAAUACGAUGAGGAUGAGAAGUCAAAGGGCAUGCACCAUGGCAGCAUCAGGUUCGCUCAGAACAGCCGAACCGAGCGCGGUCGACGCGUUGGUUCUGCUCCCACCCCACCAAACGCAACACCAAACUAUGCUUAAUAAUGCAAUCGUCGGAAAAUUAAUAAUCAAAUGCAUGCUUUUGUUGAAAUGUUCCUUCAACUUGAUAUA